CCUGAGUGGCAGGGGAACCGGAAGUGGGGGCGCUGCAGCGGGUGCUGAGGCCGGAGGAGGGACGCGCUGGAGCGGGGCCGCCGGGACUGAGCGAGCGACAGACGCGCGACUCGCCGACGCCGCAGCCGCUUGGGGCCCGCACGGACCCUGUGCCUGAGUGUAGAAUGAGCCAAGGAGACUCAAACCCAGCAGCCAUUCCACAUGCAGCGGAAGAUAUUCAAGGAGAUGACAGAUGGAUGUCUCAGCACAACAGAUUUGUCCUGGACUGCAAAGACAAAGAGCCGGAUGUCCUGUUCGUGGGGGACUCCAUGGUGCAGUUGAUGCAGCAGUAUGAGAUAUGGCGAGAGCUUUUUUCCCCACUUCAUGCACUGAAUUUUGGAAUUGGGGGAGAUACAACAAGACAUGUUUUAUGGAGACUAAAGAAUGGAGAACUGGAGAAUAUUAAACCUAAGGUCAUUGUUGUCUGGGUAGGAACAAACAACCAUGAAAAUACAGCAGAGGAAGUAGCAGGUGGAAUCGAGGCCAUCGUACAUCUUAUCAACACAAGGCAGCCACAGGCCAAAAUCAUUGUAUUGGGUUUGUUACCUCGAGGUGAGAAGCCCAACCCUUUAAGGCAAAAGAAUGCCAAGGUGAACCAGCUCCUCAAGGUUUCCCUGCCGAAACUUGCCAACGUUCAGCUCCUGGAUACAGACGGGGGCUUCGUGCACUCGGACGGUGCCAUCUCCUGCCACGACAUGUUUGAUUUUCUGCAUCUCACAGGAGGGGGCUACGCAAAGAUCUGCAAACCCCUCCAUGAACUGAUCAUGCAAUUGUUGGAGGAAACACCUGAGGAAAAACAAACCACCAUUGCCUGACUGGCUCCCAUCAGUGUUAAUAGCGUCCCAGCUUCCUCAGAUCAGUUAUAUCACUGGCACUACAGAAUCCUUCUCUUUCUUAAGGCACUUUGCAUUGUAGAAUGUUCCUGGAUGUUCAUAUCUAGUGUUUGAAGGGGAGGAGGGAUUUAAACUGGUCCUGUACAUAGAAGGUUUGUUUGACACAGGAGAAAAAUUAGCCAAGGAAGAUGGUUGUUUAAAUUCAUUGGAAACCAGAGGGGACUUUUUAGUUGUAUGUGUGACACAUUCAUUGACUUAUCACUGUUUUUCCUAGGACAACAUCAAGCCUAAGUACUGAACAAAAUGAAGAUUCUUUCCUUGGCCUUUCUUUCUAUGGAUUAUGUCAUAUAUAAUAAUAAUUAGAAUAACACCUUCUUGGCUUUAAAACAGAUGUUUUUCCAGUUUUUAAAGUUCAUAAUUUAGCCUUCUGUUUUUUAUUUUGCUUUACUCAUACGUAUUCUCAAUGUUAUAGCAACAUGUAACAUCAGAUUGAACGUGCUUGUCAUUCAGAUAUGGGAGAUGCUAUGGUUACAGGUGAGUUUGUUCCACUCUGUUAAUCUUUCCCAUGCUUAGCAGUGAAAAAUAGGUUUUGCCCCAUUUGGGGGACUCAGUGGAGGGUAUUAUUUUUAUGCUGCUGAAUAUCAUGUCUGUAAUAGACCCAUGCAUGCAGCCUUUCCUCUAUUCCCCCUCAUCCCCUCUUUUUUUUGGUGGGAGGGGUCCUUGUUAACAUUACAAGCUUUUAACACGUUUUUGACCUAGGAGCUCUGUUGCUGGCAGUAUAAAUCCCCAGCCAGUUACUCUCAUGAUGAUAUUACUGAUGUGUAAUUCAUUCUUGUGUGGUGGUCUGUGCUGUAGAGUCUGUGUAGUGCUGUCCAUAUUCAGAGUUCUGGUUUGGUUUGUUUUGUUUUUCCCUUAAAACCUGUUACAGUUUUCCUUCUUUUGGGGGGAAAAAAAUCAGAACUCUGUUUCCCACUCCAUAAGCCCUGACUUUAUUUCAAGUUUUGUAGUAUUUUAAGGUGUAUAUUUUAUUUUAUUUUUAUUGGCUUAGUUUUUAAAUUAUUAUUAGUCCAGAAAAAUUUGGCCUCUUCUCAUGGGGAAAUGGUGAAACUGCGCUUCCGAAUAGACAUUCUGCUUGAUCCCACUGUUUUAGUAAAAGAGAACUAGUAAAAAAGAACUUCGUUUAACCUUCAGGAUUUCUCCUUAAUACAUCUUCAUCUGAGAAUUUCUUUCAAGAGAGCUCUUUAUAAUCUUAAUGGUUUGUUGAGCUACAAGACCUGCCAUUUAAAAAAUAAUAGGACAACAGGUGGUUUAUUGUUUAAUAUACCUAUGGAAUAUGUACAAACUGGAUUUACAAACAAAUACUUUAAACUGGACCAGGUGGAUAUUGAAGUAACCCAUCAAAAUGUGCUCUGCAGUGAUUCUGCUUAACGUUCAAGUUCAGUAACUAAGGCGUAUGUUUCUUACUCUGCUUGCAAGGUUCAAGUUCAGUAACUAAGGCAUAUGUUUCUUACUCUGCUUGCAAGGCACAUGGCAUUGCUUUUGUGUGCUGGAGGGGGAUUUGUGGUUUGUGCUAAGAGCCGCUUCUGACUGAAAGGGAUGGAACUUGGGCUGAUUUUUUUUUUUUUUCUUUUCCUCGUUGAGGCUUUUUCUGGGAAUUUUGUUUUUUGGUUUUUUUGUCUUUAAAAAAAACAAAAACAAAAACUUUCCUGAAUGUAUCAUGUCUUCAUUAACAACUGAAAAUAUACGUGGUGUUUACUAAACUUGUUUACUAUACUAAAUUUUCCUUUUUAGUAGCCCAGGUUCUUGAGUUUUUCAAGACAGAUUUUUUUUUUUCUUAGCUGAGGUAUAGUUCUAGGGAGGAGAUUUAAUUAAGCCACAAUUUUGUGUGUGAAAAGACAGUUUCCUAUCCAGGGCUUUUUCUGUUGUCAGAGGGAAGGAGUAUGGUCCAAACAAACCCCAUUAGGUUACUCCUGCAGCAUGUGCUUUUAGCUUCUCUCUUGACUAAGGAUCAAAUAUCCCUUUGUGAGCUGGCCUUCAGCUCCUUUGCUUCUGUGUAUAAACCUUGGAUGUUAACUACAUUUUAUAUUUACCAGAGCUAUUUGAGCAAUAGUAUUUGAACCACUAGCCUUUUAAAUAAAAGUCUGCCCCGUUGCUAAUGUGCAGAUACUGAGUCCACUUUCAUUUCUUGCCAGCUUUCUUUGCACUGCUUUAGGCAAAAAGUGUUCAUCUGUUUUUCUUUGAUUGACACCCCAGUUUGUUGCAGUGACAGAACUUAAUGCUUAAUCUUUGGAUUUCAUAUAUAUAUAUAUAUGAGAAAUAUAUACACACACACACAUAUAUGAAGUUUAAUGCACUGUCCAAGUGAAAUGUCCUACUUGUGCUUGUGAUUAAGGGGCCAACUUUCCAGGCAGCCAGCAGAGGUGUUAAUUCUGUUUGUCUCCCAGCAAACUUUCAUUCCUUUGCCCACCCAUUCCCACUACACUAGAUGGCAGCUGGUGAUGGCACAAUAAAGAUUUCUGCAGUCCCGUCUUGAAUGUGGCAGGUUGAAGAUGUACUGCCAAGGGUGAUCUAGGGCAUGCUGUUUUGCUGCCCACAUAUUCUAGACUGCCAUGGGCAGUGCUCUGGCUGCCACCUUGAGUCGAUUUGGACAUCUGUCUAAGCCUGAAUUUUUUGUCAAAAACCUGAACCCAACAAAACAAAUCUUGAGUAGCUCAUGCCCUGCUCUUAGGAAUUCUGUCGUUGUUUAAAAAUAAUGUUCAACUUUCUUUAUCUUUUUUAUUUGUUUAACCUAGUCACUGUUUACAGUUGUAUGCUAAAGCCUGAAAUAUUGUCUGUGCUGUGGUAUAUGAGCAUUGCCAAUUUUAUAUUUAUUGCAGCGAAGAAGAAACUAAAGAUACAUGAAAAUGAGGAGCCUGGCUGUGCUCCUGAAUCUGUGGGGUGCAUGUGGGAGAAGUGAGUUGGGAUCUCUUGAAAGGAGGCUUUUUGGGGUGGGGUCUCCCAGGCUUCUCCUUGGUGUUCCUGCUUGGGGAUCACUGCUGCUAGUUGACUGGACCUCCCCAACGGAAGUUUGUGUUUCCGCUUUGGCAAAGUUUCAUUGACUAGUAGAACUCAUUCUGUUUUAGUGCAUAUUUCAAUAUAAAUGUAAACAUUUCACUCAAA